UUCUUCUUUCUCCCAUCAUGCUGCAUUCAUUUAACUCAGCCCAGUCUAGCCAAUGCCACUCGCGAAUGUAGCGCGUUUUCGGCAAGCUGGUCCACGCAAGAACGACCCGGCGGUCGAUCUUUGAUAAAUAUUUCACCGAGAGACUGCGGUGAACCGCUUUUUCUGUUUUAAAGGGUGGAUACAUAUUUCAAUUUUAAAUAUAUCUACAAAAAACACUGAACAUUUCAACGCCCAACAGACUGGAGGAUGAAUACCAUACGACAGGUGCCUUCAAGGGUGAAAAGCAAAAGGACCGAAACCAAUUUGGGGGCAGAGAGGGAACAUUUUGACAAACAGCAGCUCAGCAGCAUCAGCAAAGCAAUCAACUCCAGUGAGACGCCGGUGAAGGAGAAACAUGCUCGCAGGAUCAUUCUGGGGACCCAUCGGGAGAAGGGGGCCUUCACUUUCUGGUCUUACGCCCUGGGGCUGCCGCUGGCCAGCAGCUCCAUCCUCAGCUGGAAGUUCUGCCAUGUGCUGCACAAGGUCCUGCGAGAUGGACACCACAACAGCCUGCAGGAUUGCAUAAGGCACCAGAGUAACAUAACUGAGACAGGAGCACUUUGGGGCAACCUCCAUGAUCGAUAUGGACAGCUCGUCGCUCUGUACACCAAACUCCUGUGCACAAAGAUGGAAUUCCACAUGAAGCAUCCAGAAAUCCGUCCUAACCUGGAAGCUUCAGAUGAGGUCCUAGAGCGUGCUGCUGGAGCCGACAUCAACCACGUGUUCCAGCUCACGGUGGAGGUGUUUGAUUACCUGGACGCGGAGCUGAAGUUGGCGGAGGCAGUGAUCCGGCAGCUCAACACGUCUAUUGCCAUCUCCACCACCACAUCAGGACAGUGCCGUCUGGCCCCCCUCAUCCAGGUGAUCCAGGACUGCAGCCACCUCUACCACUACACGGUCAAGCUGCUCUUCAAGCUGCAUGCCUGUUUGCCAGCAGACACUCUCCAAGGCCAUCGAGACCGAUUCCAUGACCAGUUCCACAGCCUCAAGAACUUCCUCAACAAAGCCAGAGACAUGCUGUACUUCAAGAGACUCAUUCAGAUUCCCAAACUACCAGAUUCCCCGCCCAACUUCCUGCACGCGUCCGCCUUGGCUGAGCACGUCAAGCCUGUGGUUGUUGUUGAGGACGAGGAGCCACCGGACGAUGACGACCCCGAACCACUGAUCGAGGUCAGCGAGGUGACCCAAGCCAGCAUGCAGGUCCAGCCCCAGUUUGACAUAUUUGAUCAGACCUUCGGGCCUCCCAAUGGCGGUUUUGAUGACAGGGAUGUCCAGAUUGACAACCUGAGGCGGGAGAUAGAGAUGUUGAAAGCCGAGCUGGAGAGGAUCAAAACUGAGGCCCAACGCUACAUCACACAGCUCAAGUCCCAGAUCAACAGCCUAGAGGCAGAGCUGGAGGAGCAGCGGGUGCAGAAACAGCGCGCCCUGGUGGAGAACGAGCAGUUGCGCAUGGAGCUGGAGACCUUGAGGAGGCUCAGUGGCGAACACGAGAACUUGCAGGCCACGUUCAUGGAGGCAGAGAAGAGGGCCCAGGCUACAGAGAUGCGCUAUUGCAAGCUGAAGGAGAAGCAUGCUGAGCUGGUCAGCAACCAUGCAGAGCUACUAAGGAAGAGUGCGGAUACUGUCAAAAUGCUGUCAGCCAGCCAGCAGACACAGGAGGAGGUUGCCAGGACGAAGCAGCAGUUGGCCUUCGAGGUGGACCGCAUCAAGCAGGAAGCUGACAUGAAGCUGGAGGAGCAGAAGUUUGAAAUGGACAAGCUGACGUCCGAGCUGGAGGAGAGGAGAGCGGAGGUCUUGCGCAUUCAGAACAGUCUGCAGAGCAAUGAGAAGGCAAAAGACACACUGAACAGCACACUGGCAGCGCUGCAGGAGGAAAAGGAGGCGCUGUUGCACUCUGUGAGCGAGCGGGACGCAGAGCUGUCCUCCCUGCGUCAGUCUGCGCAGAUGCAGCAGUUGUCCCUGCAGCAGGAGAGAGAGAAGAGCACCAGGGAGCUGAGCGAGCUGCAGGGCAAGCUGCAGGAGAAGCUGAGUCGGGAGGAGCAGCUGCAGCAGAAGCUGCUGGAGGAGCAGUUCGCCCUGCUGCAGGGCACGGUGACCGAGGCGCAGAGCAUCAUCCAGGAUGCGGUGGCCAAGAUAGACGACCCCCUGCAUGUGCGCUGCACCAGCUCGCCGGAUUAUCUUGUAAAUCGAGCUGAAGCCACUUUAGGCUCCAUCGACAAAUUGAAGCAGGGCCACACAGACUACCUGAAAAAUAUGGCAGAUGCCAGCAGCUUGCUGAGGGCUGUCACGCAGUUCUCCCACUUGACCGCAGACACCAUUGUCAAUGGCAGUGCCACUGCUCACAUGGCACCCACUGAUCAUGCUGACAGACUGACGGAAAACUGCAGAGGCUGUGCCACUCAGAGCCUGCAGUUCCUCCAGGAGCUGAAGGCCAAGUCCACCCUACAGAGGGCUGACCCAGCCGCCGUACGUGUCAUCGUUCAAGAGAUCUUGCAACUAGGCCAGGAGCUGAGACCCAAGGGCUCAGACAUUCGUCAGGAGGAGCUGGGUGACCUGGUGGACAAGGAGAUGGCGGCCACAUCGGCAGCUAUUGAGGAGGCUGUGCGAAGGAUUGACGAAAUGAUGAACCAGGCUAGGAAGGACACUACCGGGGUCAAGCUGGAGGUCAAUGAAAGAAUCCUAAUCAGCUGUACAGGUCUGAUGAAGGCCAUCCACUUGCUGGUCCUCGCUUCUACCGACCUGCAGAAAGAGAUUGUGGAGGGCGGGAGGGGUGCUGCCUCUGUGAAGGAGUUCUAUGCUAGGAACUCUCGCUGGACAGAGGGGCUGAUCUCUGCUUCCAAGGCUGUGGGAUGGGGUGCCACUCAGAUGGUUGAGUCAGCUGACAAGGUAGUCCUGCACACAGGCAAGUACGAAGAGCUGAUCGUCUGUUCUCAUGAGAUUGCUGCCAGCACCGCACAGCUGGUGGCUGCCUCGAAGGUGAAGGCAGACCGCAGCAGUCAGAAGCUGUCCGCCCUGCAGCAGGCGUCUCGCCACGUGAACGAGAUGGCCGCCAAGGUAGUGGCCUCCACCAAAACCGGGCAGGAGCAGAUUGAGGAAAAGGAUACCAUGGACUUCUCGGGUCUGUCCCUUAUUAAGCUGAAGAAGGAGGAAAUGGAGUCACAGGUGAAAGUGCUUGAACUGGAGACUCAGCUGGGGAAUGAACGGAUGCGUUUGGGGGAGCUGAGAAAGAAGCACUAUGAGCUGGCUGGGGUCCCUGUGGAGCAAAUUGCUGAGGGAAAUGGCUUUGCCAGUACCGCACCCCCUCCAUCACCCAAACCCUCUAAGCCUGCCAUCAUGAAGAAACCAUCUCUGGCACAGAAACCCAACCUCCCGCCCAAGAGUACGUACAGCUGAGGUGAAUAAGACAGGCGAGUGCUGAUGAAGGACAUCCCCCACCUCCCCUGCAAAUCCACCUGCGGCCUGCUGCCCAUGCGGUCAAUAUCAGGGCCUCCAUCACACAAUGACAGGACCCUAUGGGCUUGGUGCUGACAAUCUGCUGUCUCAACCCCCUGUUUCCUUUCUUUUGCCAAACUUGAAUUUAAUCCAUGAGCCAUGCUGUCUGUCACCGUCACCUGCUUUGUUCUUGAACAUUUACACUGAGACAACUCCAGUUGCCAUUGUUCACUUUUCAUAUGUUGUACUGAAACUCCAUCAGAUCAUAUUUUUAAUGUAAUUUUGCUAUUUACUGUCAUUGAACCAUGCACCUAAUGGCAUUGCUUUUAAGUUGAGAGUACAUUUUUAAUUGUGUAUGGAAUGCAAUACUACAUGUGUAGAGGAAUAUUUCAGUCCUUGAUGUGAAAGUUGGAACAAGCCUGAUGCAAGUAUCAGAAAACUGCAAUAGUCAUAUUUCUUGCACUGGUUUUAGGUAUUGAUAAGCACAGUUCAAGUAGCGAAGCACAUGUUCACAUAUCACGUCCUGGUUUAUUUGGACUGUAAUCACCAUUGUGCACACUUAUGUUAUAUUAGUAGCCCUGUAUUUAUUGUACGGACCAAGACCACAAGGUAAAAGACAUGUUCAUCAGACAUGGUCAGUUUGUGCCCUCUCAUUUUAACCUCCCCAGCACAGACUGUCAGUGCUGCAUCUUGAUUUUUUACUUUUUAACUGGCUAAAUGUACCAUCAGCUAUCUCACUGGGUUCUAUCACUGAGUUUCAGGAGAGUCCAAAAGCCAGAUCCCUCAAAGCCAACAUAGAACAAAGACAUGUUUUCCCUCACUUUGUGUAGGUCCAUUCACAUGCUAGCUGGUUAACUUCAGAAAGUCACUUCCCCCACAUGUCUGUUAUUUUACAUGUUUCUUUUUUUGUACAUAGGAGUUAUUAAUAUUAGAAAUCUCAGUAAUUUUAUCAGUUCUUCCAAUGAGGAAGCCCUGUCAGCAUACCACUUUAAACUGUGACUACCUUCACUCCAUUCAGUCCUUUUUAUAUGUUAUGAAUAUCAUGUCUCUCUGCUGGCUAUAUGCAAUCCAGGGGGCUAGGGGAGGUCAUCAGAUGUUGAUAAUGUAGCUUCACUGUGUGUCUUUGGAAGUCUGUGUAGAAUGUCAGUGUGUCCAGACUCAGUGGGCAGCCCACUUCCUCCUUUUAGACUGGAAAUGCAUUUACCAUGUUUUACUUUAACUUUUAAUGUAAAAUAUCUGAGUGCACUGUUUGUCACAGCGAAAGAGUCACUGGACACAAAGUGUGAAAGGACACAGGGCGGUUGUACAUAUUUUCUGAUGAUGUGUGGAACUCUUCUGACACCGUGGGUGCUUUCUUAAAAGGGGUCUAAUGAAAUGCUCUCUUUUGUUCUCCCCCUCUUUGUUAAACAUGUCUUUAUACUCUCAGAUCUAUUAAUAUAUUUUAGUAAAGAUUACUGUGGUACCCUGUAAUAAGUGUAAAUGUGAAAUGAAAAAUAAAUGUUUAUGAACAUUAA